AUGGAGGUCAAAAUGGCGGUGAUUGUGAUUACCAUCGAUCUAGUCCUCUCUUCGGGGUUUACCUCGGUGUACGAGCCGGUGAACUUUUCUAUGUUCUGUUGCUUUUGUUUUCCUAUAGAUUCUAUUGUGUUGACGUCUUUGUUUUUUUUACAUUACCCUUAAGUUUAACAGGCUCUUACACCAAGGAUGAGCUCUCUUCGUUUAAAGAUGUUUGGUUCGUUUAUUUUAAUUUCGUGUCAGCGACUAUUAAAACCACUUUCAAGAAAACAUCCUGUACUACGCUUACAUAUUCUCCGAAUAGGCGACUCGAACUAACAUGGAAUCAAACGCAAUUCAGACAGAAAAGGACUAAAAAUAAGUUAUUUUUUACACAGCUUGUAACCGUAAGAAGUUCGAAGCAUUUGACGACAAUAGCAAUCAAGUAUAGCCUGCGUCGCAGACAGUCGAAAUCCCUGGUAGGUCUCUAUCUGGGUCUCGAGUGACAAGUCCGGCUACAACGCAGGCUAAUCAAAUACAGAUAUUAUAGCGCUCCUUUUUGAAUGAGCACCCCUUUAGUCCGAUCUCAUAGUAAUUAACGUUAACAUUCAAUUAGUGGUCAGUAUUGCGUUGCAUAAUUAUUUUUUGUCUCUGUUUUGUUCAAAGCAUUUUCCUCACUUCUUAAUUCAGUUUUUUUUCUCACUUUUAUACAAUUUCAGUAAAUAUAUGCAAUCAUCGGCUCCUGAUGCAAUAUAAUCAGUUGUAAAUUGCAACGCCUUUUUUUCAAAACCAAGCCACGCCUUUUGCUUCAAAGGGUUUGCUUUCACUUGUUACACAAUCAAGUGGCAAAUAAGAAUUUUUUUGCAGACUCAGCAUAUCUCAUCUAUUCAGUAGAAUUUGAAGACAGCGUAAUUAAAACGCUUUUUUCUAUUGCUAAUAAGCUCGCUCAUCAUUUUAACCCAUUUAUAUCCCCAGUGUAUUACGUAAAACUUGGCAUGUUUUCCCGAAAAAUGCGUUCCUCAUUAUUUUCAUGUCAUUCUUUUCGAUCAUCAAUUGAAAAGAAAAUUUUAUUGAUGUCUUAUAAUUAACAAGCUAUUGUUUUUCGUUCUGAGUAUGAUAUAUAAACCGCGUGGAACAGAGGAUGAUUUUAUUCGUACCUUAGUUGUCACUGAAAAAGGUUGACAUGACAGUUGGUCACAUAAUGAAGUUAGCGCUGUUCUUGUUAGCCGUUCUUCCAUCGAUAGAGGCAAAUUGGGGUCAGUGCAGAGAAGCAAAUUGGAAAGGAAAGUUUAACAAAAAGAGCUGGGUGAGAUGUGAUCACUCUACGGAAUACAUGACCGGGCUCUACAGAACGGACGGAAACAACGCUGAUAUUUCUUUGAUCGAGAAAGCCAUGUGCUGCCAAGCUCCUUCGCCGAAUCAACAUCAGCAGUCAUUUUGUAAGAAAGCAGAUUGGUGGAAAACAUUGGACAGGUCAGUAACGAGCCGAUUAUUGGGUGCUGCAAGGGAGACACGACGAGGGUUCAAUUAUACUCAGUCUGAUUUAUAGUAAUAUAAAAGAGUAAAUUAAAGAGCGGACACACCCGAAAACCUGCACAAUUUAAAUUAUCUUAUGAGUGCCUGCUCACAACAAAAUACAGAACCAGCUUUUUUAUAUAAUGUUAGUUAGUUUAAUAAAAAUAAUAGGUUAAUUUGCUAAAGUUCGUGCAGCAGAAAGUAGGUGAAGUGUUUUACGCAACAGAGGCGUUAUGAAAUUGUCUAACGAGCAGUCCACGAAAUCAGCGUCUGUUUUUUUUACAGACAUUUCUUGUAUUCUACCAAAUGAGUUUGUUUUUGGAGAUCAGUUUCUUUUAGUAAAUUAAAAUGCCCUAUGAGCAGUGAACUCGCUGAUUUCGGAAAAUAUAUUUCUUUGGCCUAUUUUUAUGGCAGGAACGCCAGCGAGCCGAAAAAAAUUAAUCUUUGACAUUUUAUUGUUUAGCAACAAACGUUGGGCCAAUUGUCCGGAUGGAUACUUCAUGCGGGGGCUAUACCGAGGCGAUGGCCAACGGCUUCACCACAUCGAGGAGGGCAGCUGCUGUAGACCCAACAACUUACCUAACCGAUAUCUUGACUGUUACGAGAAAGAUGUCGAAAAAACAUUCGACAAGAAAGGCUGGGGAAAAUGCUCCAACGGUUAUUACAUGGCAGGUUUCUAUAAAGGAACUUGUGACAAGGUCUACUGCAUCGAAAAAUUCAGAUGUUGUAGUAUGAGUGACGAUGGCUGCACAAUGGCAGACUGGUGGUCGGCCUUUGAUAACAAAGGAUCAGUCGAGUGUUCCUCUUCAACACAAUACAUCACUGGACUGUGGAGAAACAAGCAAGCAAAUGACGACAAGAUAUAUUUGCUAGAGGAAGCAAAAUGCUGUCCAGCUCCUGCACCAAACAAGCAUACGCCAUCAACUUGUCAAAAAGCUAACUGGUGGAAAAUUCUGGAUGGGUAAGGGUUUCGUACUCCAAAGCUGAAUGCAAUGUAAUAGAAUAUAUAGCAGAAUUAGUUUUAAACUUUUCAGUUGUUUCACAUCACAGUCAACAGCAACCAACGCCGAGUUUAAUUUAUGCUUCACGGAACCGUUUUCAUUGCCUUUCAUUUGGCUGAAACUUCCAGCCAAUAUCCCCCAAUUCCAGGGGUAAGUCCUGAUUAAAAAUUGAAUUCUCUUUACGAUUGGCCGCCAAGUUCUGGCCUGGUAAGCGCCCUUAGAUAGAAGUUUCUUAACCCGUUCUAGGAUUUAGUGCAGCUAUUUGAUUGUCAUAAAAGACUGAAAAAUGUAAUAAUUUAAAGACUUGCCAACUGCUGCAAAAACUUUUUAACCAAGUCAUUUAAAACUUUAACCCAUAUUCUUGCUAUUUAAAAGAAUGUCUGGGCGAUUUGACCAACAGGUUACUUUAUUAAGGGAUUUUUGACUCCUGUAUUCUUAGGUCAAUAGCAUUUUUUUUAUCUUUUUUUUUUAACAACGAAUAACCCGUAUUUUUGCUAUUAUAGAAAUAAUGUCUGGGCGGUUUGCCCAACUGGUUACUUUAUCAGAGGCUUUUACCGCAACGACAACGCUUGGCUACAUAACAUCGAGGAAGCGACGUGCUGCAAGCCCAACUCUUUUCCAAACAGAUAUGAAGACUGUUACGAUGAAAAUAUCGGCUCUUCUUUUGACAAUAUUGGACUCAGCGAAUGUUCAAAGAAUGACUACUAUGUUGUUGGAAUUUACAAAGGCGGAUGCGACGAGCUGCAUUGUAUUAAGACACUAAAGUGUUGCAAAAUGGUGGCGGGUGAGUAAGCAAAAGCAUCACUCACGCAGCAGUCGUAGACAAUGUAGAAAUCGUUUCGUUUAGAUUAUGAAAAAGGACCUGCUUUGCCAUAUUUGGAGAGGAAACUUUGCAUAAGUUCUCUCGCAGCUUGCCUUCGUUGGUAACCAGAUUCCUUAAUAAAUAAUAGGUUACGUUGAAAAGGCAGUUAUGGUGACUGUAUUAUAUUCCACAUGAUAAAUUUAUAAAAUAAUAGAUCAAGCAAUUCAUUUGUUGAUGUUCUUAAAUGAUCUUUAAUGCACGGUUUAGUCGUAACUGAUAGUUUGAUCGCUAUUGGCAAGUUUCUCAAAUUCCAGUCCUCCUUAACUUAACCUUCCACUGAUCUAUUGUGUAAUAUGUGGCUAUUAAUCUAUAGAUAUCAACGAGUGCACUACCAAGAACCCAUGUCACAAUGGAGCUAUCUGUGUGAAUCUUCAUGGAAGUUACCGCUGUGAUUGCAAAUCAGGAUAUACCGGCAAUAACUGCCAAAAAGGUUUGAAAAAUACUUGAACAAUUUGAAAGAAACUUAGAAGGGAGAUAAAUAAUGUUGUGGUGGUUUGAUAUAAUCUUACCUUGAUACAAAAAGUUAUAUUGGAUAUUGGAAAAAGUUCGUCGCUAGUCUUUACUUCCUUCUCGUGGACGAUAAGAAUGAUACUCAACUUUAAACUCCGGUGUACAAUUUCUGUUUCCAGAUAUCAAUGAGUGCCUAAGGAGUCCAUGCAAGAACGGAGCUGAAUGUGUCAACGUUCGAGGAAGUUAUCGCUGCGAUUGCAAAUCUGGUUAUGAAGGCAGAAACUGUGAAAAAGGUCAGGAAAAAACUUUACUAUUCACCUGAUCCUUCCUAAGAGUAACUACUACACUCUCAGCUGAUUUCUACUCAUUUCAAAGUGCACUUAUUCUGUUAUCCCACUCGUGACCAUGUUGAAGACGCUGAUGACACCGAUUGAAAAAUAUAGCACAACAUUAUGACAUCUUUUCGUUAGAUACAACCGGAGAGUUUAUGAUAUUUUUCAUUGCAUAGGGGAGAGGGCAAUAUUUAACAUCUGAAGCGUAAAAACUGUGUUCAACUCGGAAUAAGAAACUGCGCGGGACUACGUUUCCUUGUUUUGUACUUGGUACUAAUAUUCCGUAGUAUCGUUAAAUACUUCUACAGUUAUUGCGUUGGCUUUGUUUCGUUUAAAUUGCGCUUUAUAAAAGAACUGAUUACUUUUCAGAUAUAAACGAGUGUAAUAACAAUCCUUGCAAGAACAGAGCUACCUGUGAAAAUCUUCAGGGAAGUUACCGCUGCAAAUGUAAACCAGGAUUUACCAACAAGAACUGUCAAACAGGUAAUUGCUUUUCUACUUCAUAAACAAACAAUGGUGAGCUAACAGGCUGCCCUCGCGAUAUUUUACCAAAAAACUUACGACAAGGUUAUUUGCUAGUAUGGACUGAAUUUAAAAAAGCCUCAAAAAUUCCGGCCUUGAACUGUCAGAGGUAUAGUAUAACAUAAAGAGAGCAUGCACUGGGAACAGCCCUUGUGUAUUGAUCGAGCUCUACUUGUGCACAUGAACAAAGGGCAGAGUUUGAUGUCUCGCGCUGCGUGUUUACGCGCCUAGACCUGCCUGAGCGCCUCCACUAAAGUCUGUUGUGCAGUUUAUCUAGAAGCGUUAUAUGAUUAUUAUGGGAUAAAGCGCUCCCUGGAUCCAAUAACAUUCAAAAUGGCCGCCAUCUUGGAGUUGACAGAAAGUUCAGAUUUUGUUCAAUUGGAGAGUUAACUAGUUUUUUUUUUGUGCUUGAGGUCGUAAAUAUGCUUAUUCAAAAGGUUAUUAAACAAACUAAGUGUUUUAUGCUGAGAAUGACUUUAUUCUUGCCGUCAUAGAUAUAAAUGAAUGCAAAAGAAAACCCUGUCAAAACGGGGCCACGUGUGUGAAUACAUUUGGGAGUUACCGCUGUCGGUGUGUAUCUGGGUACAAUGGCCAACACUGCCAAGCGGGUAUUGUGGCUGCAUUUAUUUUCUUCAUAUAAGCGCAUCCUUUCAAGGUAAAGAUGUUGUGCGCGCUCCUCCCGAAAGGAACUUGUUUAGACUUCAGGUAAAUGAAAGGGUAGGAACAGCUCAGUAUCAUUUCUAAUUUUUAAAAGAGUAUAUAAAAGUAUUUCAAAGAUACCCAUCUUGUGUCUGCCAAAAUACUUAGACAACCUUCUGUUUAGGGACAGUUACAGCAGUUAAAGGGGAUGUAGUGUUUUUGUUAAAAAAAAAAAAAAAUACUAUCCUUUCCUAAAUUUAGAAAUUGUGCCUUUCCUUUCCUUUGCGAAGGGGUAUCAUUCUUUCGAAAAUGGUAAAUUAAUGGGUAAGAGUUGGUCCUCGGAGUGGAGCCUAUAACUCGUUGAGUGUCCUAAACAUUUCUCCGUGAAAGGAUUCUAUAAGAAAAUUAAAAAAUACGCCGGAAUACCACCUUUAAAAUUAAUGUUGAAGAUUUACGCUAAAUGAACAAAGCAAUACAAGACUAAAGAAACUAAUGAAGAUGCAGACUAAAAGACUGUAUAAAGUGAUGACAAUAUCAAUGUUUUUUGUCGGUUUUUUUAUAGACAUCGACGAAUGUAAGACUAAGCCAUGCAUAAACGGAGGAAAAUGCGAAAAUCUUCCCGGAAGCUAUCGCUGUAAUUGCCGAUCCGGAUUUAUGGGAUAUCAUUGUCAAACAGGUAAUGGUAUUGAUUUUUUUGUGUGUGUUUAACAAUAAACCCUUUUCAUAAUUAAAAAUGUUCUUUACAACAUUUUUGUAUUUCAUUCUUUAAUAAUAAGCUUGUUCCAUGGCCAGUAACAUUUUGUAUACAGACUCUCAGUUCUGUUAUCCCAAUAAGAAAUUAGCAAUUUACAUAUUUUUAUCCUUUUUUUUAGUAUCUUGUUAUAGCAAAACCAUUCCUCUCCACCCCAGACUGACCCUGUUAGCUUGAAAUUCGGUGAAAUAUAUUUCUUCCUCUAAAUUUUCAGAUAUCGACGAGUGUUACAGUGCUUACAAUCCUUGCAGAAACGGAGGAACCUGCGUGAACUCUGUCGGAGGCUAUAGCUGUCAUUGUAAAGCUAGGUAUUCUGGAAUCAAUUGCGAAAUUGGUGAGAAACGUUACUCUUUAAUUUAAGUUUGAACAAACCACACAUCCAAGAACACGCCAGUUUACAAGAAACGUUAGAAAAAAAUGUUAAAAAGGUCCUUUCUUCUAACGCUCAUCGUCAUCGUUAUAAUCACAAUCAUGAUCCGGUCGUUAUAAUCAUCAUCUAGUCAGUAAUCUUCGUUGACUAUUAAAUAUUUUUAUCCUCAAUAGAUAGACAGUAAAUUGUAAGUACAAGCUGUCCCGCAUCCACUUUCUAACUAUCGUUUGCGAAUUAUGUCUCUUUUUGUAAGCCUACUCUCCAUACAUCACACUGAAGGAAGUUGCUCUGCUCUUUUUGUUAGAACCUUGUUUCAUUUUCAGCCCAUUAAAAAAAAUUAGUAAUAAUUAAUGUUCUGUUUGAACAAAAUUGUGUUUAUAGAUUAUAAAAACGUUGGCUGCUAUAAAGAUACUUCAAGCCGGGCAAUUCCCACUCUCGAAGACAGAGAUCCCAUUUUGGAUGGUCAGUACUCAAGCCGUAAAAACCCGAUAGCUAAGUGCGCUUUAGCAGCUCGCAAGAAAGGUUACAGGAUGUUUGCAAUUCAAGAUGGUGGAUGGUGUGCAUCUAGUGCGACUGCUGGGAAAACGUUUAACAAAUAUGGCAAGAGUGAUGCGUGCCGACAAGGAGAAGGUGGUGCUUGGGCAAAUGAUGUGUACAUUCUCCAAGGUCAGUGA